AUGCAAGGCUUUUUUCCGCAUAAUAAGGUAGAGUACUAUGUUUCUUAUUUUGAUUAUUAUCAGCCGGAGGCUUAUAAGCCCGAGAGCAAUACUUAUAUUAGUAAGAAAGUUCAACGCAAUGCCAGCAUUGCCAAAAUGCGGCUGAAAACAUUAAAUUCUCUUUGGUCGGAUGAUUUUGUAAUCGUAGUGGCCUCAGUAGCCGCGAUUUAUGGUUGUUUUAAUCCCGCUUCUUACCAGAGAGUGGUAUUUCGUUUAACAAUUGGUGAAGAGAUUAGGACCGAAAAAAUUCUGGAAGAGUUAGGUCGUCUUGGUUAUCAGGAGGGGAAAAAUCUUGAUGGUGGGAAUUAUCAGACGAGGGAGAGUAGUAUUUUUUUUAUGUUGAAGUGGGAGGAAGAUUAUUACUUUCGAAUAGUUAUUAAAGAUGGCAAAGUUCAGCAAAUAGAAAGGUGGAACAAACAAAUUGGGGAGAAAGUUGAAAGUUUGGUGAAAAUUGCUAUUCCGCCGGCUCAGGAUUACGUUGCUGAUUACGUUAAAGAAGGAGAAACUUUGGGAGUUGAUUUAAAAGAAAAUGUUCUGGCGAAAAUUAGGCAAGAACUAGCCGCAAGAAAAGAGGAAUUGGCAAAAGGAGGCAAAUUUCUCGAAGCUGAAAGGCUAGAGGUUCAAACUAGCCGAGAUUUACAAGAUUUAAGAGACCGGGAUUUUUGUCCGGGCAUUGAAAACUAUGCCCGGUAUUUUGAUGGUCGGCAACCAGGCGAAACUCCUUUUGUCUUAUUAGAUUAUUUUCCGGAGGGAUUUUUGACUAUUAUUGAUGAAUCACACAUUACUAUUCCUCAGGUUAGAGCCAUGUAUAAUACCGACCGAAGACGCAAGGAAACCUUGGUAAAAUACGGUUUCCGCUUGCCUUCGGCUUUUGAUAAUCGGCCGCUCAACCAAGAAGAGUUUUUUCAGAAGCUCGAUUACACUCUUUAUGUUUCGGCCACUCCGGGCAAUUUCGAAAUGGCCAAGGUAAAUUACCAACCGGUCGAACAAAUUAUCCGUCCCACAGGGCUUUUAGACCCAGAAAUUGAAGUGCGGAGUUCCGUUAACCAGAUUGCGGAUAUUAUGCGUGAAAUCACUGAAAAAGCCAGCCGAGGGGAGAAAGUGCUUAUUUAUGCUUUGACUAUCGUCAUGUCCGAGCAAAUUGCUAGUUAUCUCCGCGAGAAAGAUAUUCGGGUAGUAUAUUUACACAGCCGCUUAGAGAUUUUCGAGCGUUAUCAGGCGAUUACUAGUUUACGGCGGGGAGUUUAUGAUGUAAUUGUAGGGAUUAAUUUGUUAAAAGAAGGAAUUGAUUUGCCGGAAGUUUCUUUGGUCUGUAUUUUGGAUGCCGACAAGCCCGGAUUUUUGCGGGAUACCCGUUCGCUAAUUCAAAUAAUUGGCCGAGCCUCGCGAAAUAAAAGUGGUAAAGUCAUUCUUUACGCUGACGAAAAGACGAAAAAUAUGUUAGGUGCUAUCCAGGAAACUGACCGCCGUCGGCAACUGCAAAAAUCUCAUAAUUUACAAAACAAUAUUACUCCCCAAACUAUUCAAAAGCCGGUUAAGGAUAUAGUUUUAGACUCCGCUAUAUCUGUUUUAGUAGAAAAAGCCCAACGAGGGAAAAUGAGUGAAAAAGAGUUGUCAAAACUACGAAAAAAUUUACGGCGGCAAAUGAAAAAAUCCACGCGAGAAUUUCGUUUUGACCAGGCUAUUGUUUUACGUGAUGCUUUAAUAGAUUUGGAAAAAAUUUGGGCAAAAGUUGUGAUUUAA